GUUUAUUUCAGUGUCAGCCUGCUCAGAAAACACCCCACACUAUGUGGAUUUGCGCGCACCAGUGAACCAAUAUGUGAGCAUCCGGGCUGAGUCGGAGGAGAUGAGGAACUCUCCAUAGGCAAAUCUGUGGUGGCUGUUUUUAUUAUUCCUUUCAAACCAAGCCGCUGCUGAUAUGUAACACAUGGAUUAUGGAUCGGAUCUGGAUAUGUUGCCAAACGCUGCUUCUUGUUUUAAGUGUUUGCAGGAGUUCCUCGCUGCACAACGGGGACGACGCGUCCUGCGAUGGAGCGUUUGACAUUUAUUUUGUUUUAGACAAGUCUGGCAGUGUGUGGGGACACUGGAAGGAGAUCUAUGGAUUUGUGGAGCAGCUCACCAGCAGGUUUAUUAGUCCCAGGAUGAGGGUAUCCUACAUCGUCUUCUCAGGUCAGGCGGCUGUGAUACUUCCUCUAACUGGAGAUAGAUCUAAAAUUGAUGAGGGUCUAAACAAGCUGGGCCAAAUCAACCCUGCUGGUGAAACAUACAUGCACACAGGCUUACAGGCGGUGUCAGAUCAAAUGAAGACACAAACUUCUCCUUCAUCCAGUCUCAUCAUUAUUCUGACUGAUGGCAAGUUAGACCCCUACCCCUUUGAACUGAGUGUAAAGGAGGCUGACAAAGCCAGAGGGUUUGGAGCCAGAGUCUACUGUGUCGGGGUCAAGGACUUUGACCAUAACCAGCUUGCUGAAAUAGCAGAUGGCACAGAGCAAGUCUUCCCAGUUCUGUCUGGCUUUCAUGCACUUAAAGACAUUGUCAACACGGUCCUCAAGCAAUCCUGCAGUGAAGUAUUCACAAUUGAGCCAUCAAGUGUUUGUGUGAAUGAGUCUUUUAACGUGAUCUUGAGGGGCUCUGGCUUUAGUGGAUCCAAGAGGAUAGACAACAUCCUGUGUUCCCUCACUGUCAAUCAAGCGACUUACGAUGAGAAGCCGACAGUAGUUAGAGACGGCUAUCUGCUGUGUCCUGCUCCUUUACUACAAGAGGCCGGACAAUCAUUGCAAGUGCUGGUUAGCCUGGACAAUGGACAAUCCUUCAUCUCUGCUCCCAUAACCAUACAUGCUACAACAUGUUCAGAUGGGGCCUGGGUGCUGUGGCUGCUGUUGGCUCUGUUGCUGUUACUGGCCCUGAUUUUACUCUGGUGGUUCUGGCCUCUCUGCUGCACAGUGGUCAUCAGGGACCCACCUCCCUCUCGACCCCCUCCUCCUCCUCCUCCUAUCAUUGAGCCAGAGGAGGAUCCUUUGCCUAAACACAAGUGGCCUACAGUGGAUGCUUCAUACUACGGAGGCAGGGGUGCUGGGGGAAUCAAGCGCAUGGAGGUGCGAUGGGGACAGAAAGGAUCCACAGAGGAGGGAUCUCGGCUAGAGAAGGCCAAAAAUGCAGUGGUCACUAUGCCGGAGGAAGUGGAGGAACCAAUCCUUCCUCAACCCCCACCAAGACCGCCUCCAGUCUACAACCCCCCAUCCCAGUCCAAAUGGUACUCUCCCAUCAAGGGGCGUGUUGAUGCGCUGUUAGCAUUACUGAGGAGGCAGUACAACAGAGUGGCUAUCAUGAGACCGACACCUCAGGACAAGGGCCGCUGCAUCAGCUUCACCAGAGUUCAGACUCGCUGACAUUCAAACAGCGGGAUCAACUUUUAAUCUCUUCUAGUUUGUGGCCAAAGAUGACAACCAUGUACCCGACUUAAACAUUCAAAAUGAAUAUGUCUUGUAAAUAAAGAUCAGAUAACGUGGUGUUAAUUUA